UGGCCAUAUGAAGAUUGUCCAAUCAACGAAAGGGAGCGCAAAAACAUCAACCUUCAAAUUUUGUAAACAAUCGACCAUCUCUAAGAAAUAAACAACAACUUUACGAUGGGAGUUCCUACUGAGAAUUCACAAGCCAAAAGAGAUACUACAGCAGUGAGAGAUGAUGCAGCUUGUAGCAGUGGAUUUGAUUCAUCAGAUGAUGAUCAAGAGCCAGUUGAUAAAUCACCAUUCCAGAUUGAUUGGUUGGAUUUAUCUGAAUAUGGAAUUGCUGAGAAACUUGGCAUCAGUGGUCUACCAGGCUGCAGAUUUGAUGAUACUUGGAGGAGUAUGGAGAGUGAUAUCAAUGGAUUGAUCUCACAAGGCGUGGAGGAUGUCUUUGUGCUGUGUACGAGAGGAGAGCUCAACAAGUACCGAGUGCGCCGUCUGAUGCAGGAGUACACCACGGCGGGGCUGAGUGUCCACCAUUACCCCUUCCCCGCCGGUCUCGUCCCUUCCCCAGCAAACUGCAUGAAGAUGCUAGAGGAGAUAAGGAUCAACCUCAACGCCGGAACAGGCACGUUGGUCCACUGCUUUGGAGGGAUCGGCCGGUCUUCCCUCAUCAUUGCGUGCUUGCUGCUGAUGCUGGAUGACUACAUGGAGUGGAAGGACGCCAUUGCAAAGGUCCGCCAGCUCAAAGGAUCACGUGCUAUUCAGACAGUCAAGCAAUACAACUUUGUGAGUGACUUCAGAAAGAUGAGAGAGGAAUAUGAAGCUACCAGGCCGGACGGUGACAGGCGUUCCAUAUCUCGGUGAAUCACCAUGUGUUCUGCAAGCUUUUUUGAUUCAUCAUUUGAAAAACACUGGAGGGAUGGUUGCAAUCUUUUCUGUUUUAAUGACCCACCAACCAGUGUUAUGAAAUUAUUGAAAUCAUGGUGAGAAAAUGAUUUUUUUUUUUUUUUGUGGUAAUAAUGUUGGGGAAAUGCUAAUCCUUAGAGAGAGAAAUAACCUGGUAUCAUAGGUGUAUAUGUGCAUAUAUUUUGAGUAAAAACACAUGCAGUACAAACUGCUGUAUUAAUCUUGAAUUUCUGUUGAUACUUGGUCAUUCUAUGGUAAGUUCUUUCAUUUCUGUGCCAACUCACCUAUGCUGUCUGUUAUGCUUUUUGUCAUACAGAUCUAGCCAUUUAUAUAAGAUUUGAAGUAAGAAAAUUUGUGUAAGUUGUAUAUAUGUCAUGUAAAUAAAAUUUAUAUAAGAGUACUAUAUAUUGUAAGACUAUAAUUUUAUAUUUUUAAACAUUUAUUAUUUGUAAUGUGUAUCAAUGUGAUAUGGAAUACUAACAGAAAUGUGAUUCAGAAGCAAGAUUCUCAUCAUUUUGAUAAUGAAGGGAAGAAGAAAAAAUUAUUUACAAAUCUCACCUUUUUUUUCUUCUUCAUUGAAUAAAAAAAUACAUGAGAUGGGAUUCAUGUUAUAAUAGUCUUGCUCUAAUCCACAUGUAUUUAGAUUAGAUUUAUUGUGUCCCAGUACUUUAUAACAUGAUUUCCUGAAUUGAUUUACUCUCCAUAUAUUUGGACAUUGAUAUUACUUCAUUUCAAUUUGAUAUUUAAUUAUACUAAUUUAUUUCAAGUGAAAUGAAAUUUAUUAACAAGUAUGAGUGUAUUUAUAUCCACUCAAUGCACUGUAUAUAUUCACCCUGAUCAGCUGAGCUUAUUUACACAAGGAAAGUUUUUACCCUGGAAUCGUAGCUAAUUGAGAGAGAUAGUUGUGACACAUGCAUCUACCUGUAUGCCAGAGGGGUUGUAGGUUAAAUCAUGGAGCUCCAAAUAGUUCCCUCACACAUACAGUCUCUAUGUGAAGAACUUUUUUUGAGCUUCAUGAAAUGCCUGACCAAUCUGAAGCAACUUCCAGUGACCAAACUAUCUCUCUCAGGUAGUUAUGACUGGAAUAAUGCAUUUAUUGAUUGCCAUUUUGCUUUAUGAAUUUUGCUUUAGAGGAACAGCAUAGUUUAUGGCUUUCAUUCUUGGUGAAUGAGAUGAUUAUUUCUUUCCAAAAAAAAAUAUAUGUAUAAAAACGUGUAUCAAACUAUAAAUUUGAAAUGUUAUGCUAGAUCUAGAAGAUAUCAUUGUUUUAAAAUGGUGAGAAUGGUAAACUAUAGACAUCAAAUCAUGAGGCGGAUCAUUAGCAAAAAUUGUUGAAAAUCGUGCAUUUCCAAUUUGUAAUUUACAACUGAAUAAAAAUUUCCAUGGUUAUCGUGGAAGUA